CUUAUGUCCCAAAACUACCAAAAUGUUCUUGCCUUCAUUUUUGCCAUUGAAGAGAUCAACAGAAAUCCUCAUCUUUUACCCAACAUAUCUCUGGGCUAUGAGUCCCAUAAUUCCUUGCACAGUCAUGGGAAUAUAUUGAAGAAUAUCCUCAUUUUGCACACAGGACAGGAUGAGAUCCCAAACUACAUUUGUAGGCAAGGAAACAAGUCUAUAGCACUAUUAACGGGGACAUCAGCUAUAACAGCUGCUCAAACUGGACCACUGCUGGAGCUCUACAAGUUUCCACAGCUGACCUUUGGCUCUUUUGAUCCGAUCCUGAGUGAUGAUGACCAAUUUCCUUCCCUCUAUCAAAUGGCCCCAAAGGACACAUCCCUGGCCCUCGGCAUGGUCUCCUUGAUGCUCCAUUUCCGCUGGACCUGGGUGGGACUGGUCAUCACAGAAGGUGCAAAAGGGCUGCAGUUUCUCUCAGAUGUGAGAGCAGAGAUGGGCAGAAGCAGAGUCUGUGUGGCAUUUGUGAAAAUCAUCACAAGUGUGACUGUGUCAUACUACUUUCAACAACAACAGCACGAUUUCAUCACCCGGGAAACUCCUCCUGUGUAUGUAGUUAUCAUUUACUACGAUCCUGAGAGCAUAAAUGAUGUAAACUAUAACAUAGGGCUCCACAUAGUGACAUGGAGAGUCUGGGUGACAAACUCACAGUGGCACGCUGACCUGACUGGGAAAAAUUUCAUUCUUGACUCGUUCCACGGGACUCUCAUUUUUUCAAGUCAACAUAAGGAGAUUUCUGGUUUUAAAAAGUUUAUCCAGACAGUGAAUCCUUCCAGUUACCCAGAAGACAUUUUCUUACAGCAGCUUUGGUACUGGCACUUCCACUGCUCACUGUCUGAUUCUGGCUGUGUACUGGAGAACUGUAUACCCAAUGCCUCUCUGGCAUGGUUACCGGUGAAUCGUUUUGACACGGCCAUGAGUGAUGCGAGUUACAACAUAUACAAUGCUGUGUAUGCGGUGGCCCACGCCCUCCACGAGAUGCUCCUGCAACAAGUUCAAAAGCAGCCCGUGAGGAGUGGGGAAGCAUUAGUGAUUUCUCCCUGGAAGCUGCACUCCUUUCUGAGGAACAUCCAGUUUAACAACAGUGCUGGAGACCAAGUGAAUUUGGAAAAGAAAGUAAACCUGGACACAAAGUUUGACAUUCUCAACUUUUGGAAUUUUCCAGAAGGUCUUAGACUUAAGGUGAAAGUAGGGGAGUUCUCCCCUUGUGUUGCACACGGGCAACAACUGUCUUUAUCUGAGGAGAUGAUACAGUGGGCUAUAGGAAGUACAGAGACUCCCCACUCUGUGUGCGCUGAGAGUUGUCCUCCCGGAUUCAGGAAAUCCCCUCAGGAGGGAAAGGCUUCCUGCUGUUUUGAUUGCACUGCUUGCUCAGAGAAUGAGAUCACCAAUGACACAGAUAUGGAGCAGUGCGUGAGGUGUCCAGAUCAUCAGUAUGCCAACAUUGAACAAAACCACUGCCUGCAAAAGUCUGUGACUUUUCUGGCUUAUGAAGACCCCGUGGGGAAGAUCCUGGCUGGCACCGCCCUUAGUCUCACUGUCCUCACAGCUGCUGUCCUUGGCCUCUUUGUGAAGCACCGAGACACUCCCAUCGUCAAGGCCAACAACCGGGCUCUCAGUUACACCCUGCUCAUCUCCCUCACCUGCUGCUUCCUCUGCUCCUUGCUCUUCAUUGGCUGGCCCAGCACAGCCACCUGCAUCCUGCAGCAGACCUCAUUUGCAGUCGUGUUCACUGUGGCUGUUUCCACCGUCUUGGCCAAAACCAUUACUGUGGUGCUGGCCUUUAAGGUCACUGCUCCAGGCAGAAGGAUGAGGCAGUUGCUGGUAUCAGGGGCACCAAACUAUAUCAUCCCCAUCUGCUCCCUCAUCCAACUCACUCUCUGUGGAGUCUGGAUGGGGACAAAUCCACCCUACAUUGACACAGACGCUCACUCUGAACAUGGCCACAUCAUCAUCGUGUGCAACAAGGGCUCCCUCACUGCCUUCUACUGUGUGCUGGGAUACCUGGGCUCCCUGGCCCUGGCGAGCUUCACCGUGGCUUUCCUGGCCAGGAACCUGCCCGACACGUUCAAUGAAGCCAAGUUCCUGACGUUCAGCAUGCUGGUGUUCUGCAGCGUGUGGGUCACCUUCCUCCCCGUGUACCACAGCACCAAGGGGAAGGUCAUGGUGGCCAUGGAGGUCUUCUCCAUCUUGGCCUCCGGUGCGGGGCUGCUGGGCUGCAUCUUUGCCCCCAAGUGCUACGUUAUUUUGAUAAGACCAGAGAGGAAUUCUCUGCAUGGAUUCAGAGACAAAACACAUUCUAGGAGAAAGAAGACAUAUUAA